CGGAGCCAUGGAGCAGCCGCCGGACCGUCCGGCGGGGGACCCCGCGCAGCAGCUGGAUGGCAGCAUUCAAGGAAAACUGGACUUUGAAACCCGGAUGCGAGAGGGAAUAUGCAAACUCCUUUCACUGAGUACUCAAAAAGACCAACUCUUGGAGGCAGUGAAAAAUCUGAUGGUCUGCGAUGCUCGAAUUAUGGCUUACACACAAGAACUGCAGAAACUGGAGGAACAAAUUGGAAAUGGAGCUGAAAGACGAUGUGGGGAUUCCAAAACUAAAGAAUGGACUGCUUGUAAAGGAAAGAUUGCGCUAUCAGAUAUUCGAAUACCAUUAAUGUGGAAAGACUCUGAUCAUUUCAGUAAUAAAGAAGGAUCACAGCGCUAUGCCAUUUUUUGUUUGUUCAAAAUGGGAGCUGAAAUUUUUGACACUGACAUGGUGAUUGCUGAUAAAACAAUCACUGACAUAUGUUUUGAAAAUCUAACUAUAUUGUGA